AUGAUGAUUUUAAAUGAUAAAAUCAAAGAUCUUCCGAAGGACUUUGAGGAUGUGAUGGAGAUGAGCAUUGUAAAUAAGGUCACAAUUGGUAGAAUUACAAAAGAUAAGGAUGCAAAAACCAAGCAGAUGAUUUGCAAAUUAAAAGAUAAAGAAUAUGUUGCUCUUGAAAACGAUAAGUGGAGGCAUGACGAUAGUAAUUCUGACAAUGAAGACACAAAGAUGAAUGAGAUGGUUGAGAAAAAGACUAGGUGGUGGUUCGUUAGAGAUGGAAAAAGGAAAAGGACACCUAAGUCAUCUCCUGCGGUUGUUAUUCCUAAAGAUGGAGAAAAGGGGUCUUCUGAAGAGCUGCAGCAGAAGCUAGUUGAUGAGACAGUUGUAGAGCCAUCUGUGGUGAUUGAACAAGGUACUGAGUUGUUAAAGCAAACUUUGGAAAGUUAUUUGAAAAAGAACGAAGAGAUUGCAGCACAACAAGCUCAGGGAACAAGUGUUCAUGCUGAAAAGGUUACAAGGGUUGAACCAGAAACAAAAGAUCAAAGUGGUUCAAGUGAUGGAGAUUCUGAAGCUACUCAAUCUGAGUCUGAACUAAUUCCUGAAACUCUUGGUAGAGGAAAAGCUCAAUUGAAGAAAAGACCUUCAAAGAAACAAAAGGGAUCAGAUGAAGAAGAUUCUCCGUAUGAUCCUGAAAAGUCAAAGAAGCAAAGAAAGAAACGAAAGGCAGCUCCAGUUGGUGUAAUUCCAAGAAAUGUCAAAUCAAAGAAAUCAGGAGCUGAGUCACAAAAGGAUAACGAAGGAAAGAAAGUUCAACAUGUGCAGAAAGAAAAGUCUCCAAGUGUUGAUAUUCCAAAAGAACCAGAGGCAAAAACAAAAGAAGUUCUAGUUGUUGGAACAGAAGAGAAGACAGGUGAUGACGAUUAUGUCGAGAUCACAGGCUUCAAAGCUGCCACUCCUAAAUCUGAUCAACAAGAUAUUCCUGGUUCAUCACAUCAGAAAGAAGAAGAUUUCAAUUUUGAUUUUGAUAAUAUUGGUCCUACUACUGGUAUUUUCUCAGAAGAUCUUCCAGGAGAAAGCGAUAUGUUCAAUGAUAAAGUUGUCAAAGAGCUAAUUCAAAGAGUCAACAAGUUGGAGAAAGAAAAAGGCAAAGCUGAGGUGGAACGUGAUAUGCUGAGAAAACAAGUUGAAGAUUUGAUGAUAGCACAUGAUAAAAUAGUUGCAGCGCUGGCAGAAAAAGAAGCAAGAAUGAACAAAAUGAAGGAUGGUGUCGAUGAUAGUUCUAAAAUGUUUGAACUGUUAACACUCGAGAUAUCUACACUAAAUGUCAAGAUGUGA